AUGGCGAGUCAAACGGAAUCAGAGGAGCGGAUGAACAAUCUCUGCGGAGAAUGUUGCAAACAGCUCCGUACCGGGCUUAAACUCGAAGACCUCUACCAGACAGAGGUCAAGCGACUCGAACGACGGAGUAAAGUAUGCAACGGCCAAAAGGAAAAAACCAAUGCGGUUCUGAACAAAUACGCACAAGCCUCGUGUCGUGAGCUAUGUGACCGCAUGCUCGAAGUACUUCCCCGCGAACUGCGCGAUACCAUCUAUGGGCACCUUCUACCCCAUUCUAACACAGUACCCAAGAGGUUGACUGCCAUGGACUUUGAUGGCCAGGUUCGCCAAGUUUGCGUCGAGAGUAAUGGCUCUGUGGGAUUCUCCACUAUGAUCCCGUUGCAUCUCCACGAGACCGAAUAUAGACCCCAAGAUUUUUACCGAGAAAUACUUGAAAGACUUUUCCAAACGACUACGUUCGAUCUUGGGGACGACUUGAGCCUCAUAACGGCGCUUGGGUCAUGGGAUGGAGGACUCGGCAUCAUACCUGCUGAUUACCCCCUCGACAUUUCUUUCCUUAUCAAAUUUGAUUGGUUAGACCUUCGGUGCAAACACGAUCCCUGGUUCGUUUAUGACACGCCAUUAUGGCCCAAAGUCUUUCUCACUAGACUAGAAGGAUUGUUCAGCUUCAAGCCUGGCACGAAGCUCACCGUCUGUAUCCAGCAAGACAACGUCUGGCAACCGAUCGCACAAGAGGUUAAGGAAUUGGAAUGUAAAGCCGUGGUUUCGAUCAUCUUGCCAACACUGCGAAGGCUCGCCGCCAUUGGUACAAAAACUAAGCUGAGUCUGGAUGGCGUUUGUGAACUGGAAAUCGACAAUGAUAAGGUAAUUCUGGAAGGUAUGGAGGACCCAUGGAAGAACGCGAGGAGUCAUUGAGCUCUUGCUCACUAGGCCACACGCUGACUGCGAUAAAUGGUAAGGGGCUGCGCUGCGGCUGAACAGGUCCAACGAAUGAGCAUAGUUGACCUGUAUCUCGCGUUGCUGAUGUGUGUUAUAUGCUCGGAAUCUUUUCCAGCGAGGAAGGCUUGUAAUUUGUCGAUUUGGUGUCGCUCUAAACAUAGCGGGGUUAGCAACUAUCCGAUAAUGCGGAGUGGCGUCAAGCCCACAUCUUGUUGUCUAAUCGUGUUAGCCCAAAUUGGUGAAUUACCUUCCGCACGAUUAGUAAAAUGUCCACAAAGGAUUUGGUUGGCGUAAGCUGAGUGUAUUUCCGUGGGUGAGACAUGGGGGGCCUGGCCAAGGGUACGACA